AUGUCUGCGUUCAAGUUCGAAAACACCGCCAAUGACGUUGCCGCGGCGCUGAGCGAGCACAUCAAAGGAAAGAAUGUGGUUAUAACAGGGGCAAGCCCCGGAUCGCUUGCGUUCGAGGCGGCGAAAUCAAUUGCCGGGAGAAAACCAGGCCUCUUGGUUCUUACGGCGCGAAGCGAAGCUCUAUUGCAACAAACAAGGGACGCGAUUCUCACGGAAACCGCCGACAUCAAUAUCAAGCUGGUUGCCUAUGACCUUUCAAAGCAGGAGACUAUUCGCAAAGCUGUAUCGCAGGUGAAAGCCUUGAAUGUGAAAUUUGACGUCCUCAUAAACUCAGCUGGAGUCAUGGCUCCUCCAUACGCUCUCACAGAAGAAGGGAUCGAGUCGCAGUUUGGGAUAAAUCACAUCGGACCCUUUUUUUUCACCAACCUCCUCAUCCCCCAACUAAACGAGAGCGCGACGAUUGUGAAUGUGACAAGUCGGGGAUACCAGCUCGGUAAUAUUCAAUGGGACGAUCUCAGUUUCAAAGCGACGCCGUAUAACAAAUGGCACGCGUACGCCCAGUCAAAAGCGGCGAAUAUCCUGUUCAGCAACGCCCUCGCUCGAGUACUUGCGGAUAGGCAUAUUACGUCGUAUAGUGUACAUCCUGGCACCAUCUUCACAAACCUAGCGCGCCACCUUACGCAGGAGGACUAUGACAUGUUAGCCGGCAUUCCGAUGGAAUAUAAGACAGCUCAACAGGGUGCGGCGAAUAUGGUCAUUGCAGCUUUUGACCCGUCAAUCAAAGACCGCAGCGGCGCGCACAUUGACGACGACAACCAAAUUAAACCUAUUCCGGAGCAGUUUGGGUACUCCACCGGGGUUGAGAAUGAGGAGCGAUUGUGGGCUUUGAGCGAGGAGCUUGUGAAGGAAAAGUUCGUCUAUUGA